UAGCGAGGUUUGGUCACGUGAUCACGAGAUCUCGGAUAGCCGGAGUUGGUGGUUUUGUGUUGAAAUGAGCAGAGGGAGGGCCAGGGGAGUGUUGAUCUUGUUAUUGAGUGUAUAUAUGUUAGGAGAUCUCAGCGUUCAUUACUAUCAGUUCAACAUUGCUUUAUAGUAUCUGUUUUUUACGACUGUAUCUUUUAUAUAAUAUGAGCUUCUUGUAUCAGUUUGUGCUUUGUUUUGAUUAGUAUACUAGUAUAGUUGAGAUACUAGUAAGAUAAUAGUAUAUUUCUAGAACAUCAUGUUGGGUUGUAAGAUUGUUUAUUGUUCAUGACCUUCAGACAAACUGACUUGCUUAAUUGUAACUCUGGUAAAUUGUAUUCCAAAUCUAAUCCCAAUAUCCGCCUAGCUUAAACCUAUACCACAAUCCUUAUGACUCAUUUCUCUUCCCAACCUCAGAAGCGUCGCUGUAUCAGGACCAAAGAUAACAUGCCCCUUGUGUACACGCAGAAUAACGAUGAGAAUUAUCCGCCGAUAACCUCAAUGCUGCGUAAGACGAAGCGUGAUGAGCCUCGUUUGGCUGGAACCGCUAGCAAGAGACCCGCUCUGGCUUCAAUCAACAAUAUUCAGAGUAUUGGAACUGCUAACAGCGAUCUUGGAAAGCAAAUCAAACAGCGCCAGACGAACCCAUUCAGCGUUCGAGUGGACACCAAGAAACCCUCUCCAAAACAGAAACAGAUCGCCUCCCGCGCUCAGCGCACGUCCUGCACCAACAACUCCCGUCUCUCCUCAGUCGCUAACGUCAUGAGACAAUCCACUCUCUCCUCCUUCAGUACUAACACCACCACUUCCUCCACCUUCUCAGUCUUCAAAGACAGGUCCUCCGUAUCAUCAUCCGCUCCCGCUUUAAGUGCACUGAGAGACAGAACAAACAUCCCUACCACCACCACACCCGCCUCCAGUAAACCCUCAGAAUGUCCCAUGUCUGUGGAAGCUUCUCGCACUCCCAGAAGUACUCGAAGUCGUCAUGCUUCUUGUGCUUCUCUGCGGAACAUGGAUAUCGACGAGUCCUCAAACUUUUCUGAUAUGAGCAUUGAUCUGAAGGAAGAAGCUCCCCUGAUCAAGAACAUUGAUGAAGGUGCUAGUCUGGAAGAAAGUCCAGAGUAUGUUGAAGAUAUUGAUAACCACCUGAGGAAAAUGGAGGAAUUAUACAAACCUAAACCAGGCUACAUGUCAAGACAACGGUACAUCACCAUCGCCAACCGUUCCACCGUCAUAGACUGGAUGUUUGAGGUUUGCGACGAAUUCCAUCUGUCCCAGAAAACAUUCCAAUUAGCCGUGUCCUACGUUGACCGAUUCCUCUCCAAAAUGAACAUGCCCAGAAAGAACCUCCAACUUCUGGGAACCACUGCAUUGUUCAUUGCUUGCAAGGUGGAAGAGAUCUAUGUUCCUGUUGGGAGCGCUCUUGCUGCCAGAUUUGUCUGGAUUACUGAUAACACGUACACAGUUCAUCAGCUAUUCAAGAUGGAAGUAAUGAUCCUCAACAAGCUUGACUACGAGAUCAACUCUCCUACAACCCUUGAUUUCCAAGAUAGGUUCAUCAAAGCUUCCGGUGGUGACUGCACCGAGCAGUACUUGACGGAGUACCUCUGUAAUCGCUCCCUGAUACACGGAGAUAAAUUCCUCAAGUACACUCCCUCCCUCCUCACAGCAGCAGCUAUCGGCCUGUCACGUGCCACCCAGAAACCUACUGAGCCCGUUUGGACUCCAACGCUAGCUCACUACACGAAGUAUACGUAUCCCGAGAUUAAGGAAUGUAUGUCCGAUCUCCUGCAACUCCAAAAGUUGGAUGUUACCCCUGAUUCCCGUCGUUAUGCUGCUGUCUGGAAUAAAUACAAUCUCGCAAGAUAUAUGUUUGUGUUACAGAAGCAACCUAUCGAGUCCAUACCCACACACCAGUGAAGUCCAGAAUGGAACCUAAUCAAACAAGUCCCCCCUUUGUUCCAGCUCCGGCUCACCGCCACCCCACAUUUGGCUGCCAAUUAGCUAAUUAUUUAAUUACCAGUUAAUUGUUCAGUCAGAUGGAAUAAGAUUCUAACAGAAUCACCGAUCCCAGGAUCGAAUCUUUAUAAACUCUUGUGUAAUUUUUCAGUCAAAUGAACACUCAGCCUAAUAGUUUUGUUUGUGAAUUGCAGUGCUUAAGUUGAACGAAUUAAAUUAUUUCGGUGUAUUAACUUACAUCAGCAAUGAAUAAUUAAUUUCUCGAAGUUUAUUUUUGUAGUGUUUUUUCGGGUACACCGGUCGAGGCGGCUGCCCUUCAAAUAUGUUCACAGACCAAGUUAUUUAUUACAACCUUGCAGUAAUUCAGUUGUUUGCGUGUUAACAUUUCGUCGUUAUUUUCACAGAAUAUUUGAUUUGAUUUUUCUUCGACUUCCUGGUACAUGACCAGGAUUUAUAUGACAACUGACAAAACGGACGUGCAUCGUUGAUAAAUAGGACCUAGUUCAAAUUAGCUUUAAAAUUAGUCUUGUACGAUGAUAUUUUCUAGGAUCAUGACAAAACCUUUCUGUACAUAUUUCAUAAGAUCUGUAAAAUUUCGGAACCAAAGUGAAGGUCCAAAAAGCAUGAAUUCGUAACUCCAAACAUUUCAUCCUAGAGCUAUUAUAGUAACCUUUUUGGACCCCAUUUGAUAGUCUUUUCUAUUUAACCUUUUGAGUUUUUAACGGUUAUACUACCCAUUAUAUUAGUAGAAUAGUGUUCGCGUAUGUUGUAUUUGUAUAUAAUGAUAAUUUUACAGCCCUUAAAGGUUAGCUUGGGCAAGUUGAAGUUUGAAUGUGUGACGACUAUUGUGGCGAUCGUUGCUAAUUAGUUGAUUAUUUAACUAAUCGGGUAAUUACUAUUGCUGUCGUAUUUCAACAGUUUCUAACCCCCUUAUAAUGGUGUCUCUUACUUAUAUUGUUUAGGGAGUUUUGUUUAAGCUUUAAAAACGGUAGUUAGAAUUUAAAGUUGUACAUGUCUGAUGGAGAAAUGUACAGCUGGUUACAAUUUAGUGUAUAAGGUACAUGUUUGUAGAGCGGGAAAUUAGUUGAGAGAAUCCUUUUAGAUGCGACCAGAAUCAAUAAUUAUACAAAAUCAGAAUUUGACCAGAAUAAGACUAAUUUACCAACAAUUAUUCCAAGGCUGAACCAGCUAUUAUUCGUCAUCUGACAACAAACACAUUAAGUUUCAUAACACAUACUGUCUUUGCAAAGAAUCACAAAUUUUGCGAGAUAUCCCGAACACCUGGCCGUAUUACAUAUUACAGAUCAAUUAGUUAAUUGAUAAGUCGUAUCGCAUCGGAUAUGUCAACUUAUUGACCACUCUGGGAACUUUACAUAGACCUAUUUAUUUUUCACCCCUGAAUUGGGGCGAGUCCUCCGGUCUUGUUCACACAUGAUUCAGAUCUUGACACCUUACAGAUGUUCACUAAUUUACAGUGAUUACUACCAGCAGUAGGCUAACUUACAGCCCAUCUAAUAAUUUCAUCAUGUUUGAACAAGACCUGCAGAAUUAUCGCACCCGUUUAAUUUCACCCACAUAACUUUAACACAGGGAAAAGGGAUCCCAAUUUCAAACAUAAGAAGAUAUUUUCAAUCUGGCUAAAUUAAAUAACCAUGGUACGUUUUGAGAAUUUGAUGUAAUCUUGCGCAGGGGUCAUCUAAUCUACAUUCUCGGUUCCAUGGAAACCCGAUGUUGAGCAUCGGUAUUUAUACUAGUCUCGGGGAGGCAGUAUCGGUAUUCAAACACAAGGAAACAUUAUUUAAUGUUAAACGUUUGUUUAUCUUUGUGUUAGGUGUAUCGGUAUGCUAAUCUGCUAGGACCGGUUGUAUUUGUUAACCAACUUAAAACCUGAAUAUUUCCCAAUAUAUUUGAACUUUUGACACAAUUAAGAAUUGUUUGGAUGUUUGUUUCAAACUUCACAGUGCUUUUGAAAUUCUCAUGAUAAUAAUAAUAAUGCUCAA